AUGGCUCCGCAGCCGACAUCUGACAGCGCGAACGGCGCCGCGACCGGCGGCGGCGGAGGCGGGGAGAUUGUGAUCGACGAGGAUCUGCACAGCCGGCAGCUGGCGGUGUAUGGUCGCGAGACGAUGAAGCGCAUGUUCGGCGCGAAGGUGCUGAUCUCGGGCCUCAACGGCCUUGGCGUGGAGAUUGCCAAGAACGUGAUUCUAGCGGGGGUCAAGUCGGUGACAGUGCACGAUACAGUCACAGUAACGGUGCAGCACCUGUCCGCGCAAUUCUUCCUCACGGAGGCCGACGUGGGGGUCAACCGCGCGCAGGCGUGUGCUGCGCGCCUGCAGGAGCUGAACAAGGCCGUGGAGGUGCACGUGCGCACGGCGCCCAUCGAGAAGGAGUUCCUGGGUGACUUCCAGGCGGUCGUUUUCACCGACUUACCUCUCGAUCAGGCGAUCGAGUUCGACGCCUACUGCCACGCCCACUCCCCCCCGGUGCCCUUCAUCCGCUGCGAGACCCGGGGCGUGUUCGGUGCGAUCUUCUGCGACUUCGGCCCGAAAUUCACCGUCACCGAUGUCGACGGGGAGGAGCCCUUCUCAGGAAUCGUCGCCUCUGUCGCCAAAGACUCCCCUGACGCGCUUGUCACCUGCGUGGACGAUGAACGGCUGGGAUUUCAAGACGGCGAUCUGGUGGUGUUCUCGGAGGUCCGGGGGAUGACGGAGCUCAACGACGGGAAGCCGCGCCGCGUGCGGAACGUGCGGGCGCACUCGUUCCUGUUAGACGACGACACGUCAGCCUAUGGCGCGUAUGAAAGCGGCGGGAUCGUGACGCAGGUGAAGGAGCCCAAGGAGCUGGCGUUUCGCCCGCUCGCGGCUUGCCUGGAGCAGCCCGGCGAGUUCCUGCUGAGCGAUUUUGCCAAGUUUGACCGGCCGCCGCUGCUGCACCUCGCCUUCCAGGCUUUAGACGCCUUCCGGAAGGAGACCGGGAGGUUUCCCGCGCCGGGGUCUGAUGGGGAUGGGGCGAGGGUGGUGGAGCUGGUUAGGGAGGUGAAUGGGCGGGCGGGGAAGGAGGUGAGGGUGGAGGAGGGGGUGGUGAAGGAGGGGGGGGGGCUGAUAAGGCAGCUGGCGCACGGGGCGAGUGCGGAGAUCUGCCCCAUGGCGGCGAUGUUUGGCGGGAUCGUGGGGCAGGAGGUGGUUAAGGCGUGCUCCGGCAAGUUCCACCCGCUCUUCCAGGUAAGAUGCCAUUAUACCCUUCUUUUCCAGGUGAGGAGUGGUUCGUCCAGGCAGCUGGCGCACGGGGCGAGUGCGGAGAUUUGUCCGAUCGCGGCGAUGUUUGGUGGGAUCGUGGGGCAGGAGGUGGUUAAGGCGUGCUCUGGCAAGUUCCACCCGCUCUUCCAGCUCUUUUACUUCGAUUCCGUCGAGUCUCUUCCAUCCGAGCCCCUCUCAGCGGAGGAAACGGCGCCCACCAACACGCGCUACGAUGCCCAGAUCGCUCUCUUUGGCCGCACCCUCCAGGCGCGCAUGCACGCCUCCUCCGCCUUUGUCGUCGGUGCAGGGGCGCUGGGCUGUGAGCUGCUCAAGAAUCUCGCUCUCAUGGGCGUCUGCUGCUCGCCCCCGGGGGAGAAACCUCCUGCUGGUGCUGGUGAUGGUGGUGCAAGCAGUGGCGAGAGUGUGCCGCUGAGUGGCAAGGGCUAUCUGACGGUCACGGAUGACGAUACCAUCGAGAAGAGCAAUCUCAGCCGUCAGUUCCUCUUCCGCGACUGGAACAUCGGGCACGCGAAAUCUUCUGCCGCGGCGGUCGCCGCGAGGGUAAUUAACCCUGCGCUGCGCGUGAACGCCCUGCAAAACCGCGUGGGGCCGCAGACUGAAGACGUUUUCGACGACACCUUUUGGGAACACUUAGAUGUCGUUAUAAACGCACUCGAUAACGUGAACGCGCGCCUCUACGUCGACUCGCGCUGCCUCUACUUCAGCAAGCCGCUUCUCGAGAGUGGGACUCUCGGCGCGAAGUGCAACACACAGAUGGUUGUCCCACACGAAACGGAGAACUACGGCGCUUCCCGGGACCCUCCGGAAAGGCAGGCACCGAUGUGCACGGUCCACUCGUUCCCGCAUAACAUCACGCACUGCUUGACUUGGGCGCGCAGCGAGUUUGAGGGGUUGCUGGAGAGGACGCCGAGUGAGGCGAACGCGUUUCUGAGUGGGCAGGAGAAGUAUUGUGAGGAGAUGAUGGGCGCCGGGGAUGCUGCUGCGAGGGAGGCGCUGGAGAGGGUGGUGGAGUGUUUGGUUACGGAGAGGGCGAGCAGCUUUGACGACUGCGUGUCCUGGGCGCGCCGGAAGUUCGAGGACUAUUUCGCCAACCGCAUCAAGCAGCUCACAUACACCUUCCCAGAAAACGCCUCCACCAGUACGGGCCUGCCCUUCUGGUCGCCGCCCAAGCGCUUCCCCACCGCCGUCUCCUUCUCGACCGACGACCCCACGUGCCUGGCGUUCGUGACAGCUGGCGCGAUCCUACGGGCCGCCACGUUCGGGAUCGAGGUUCCGGAUUGGGCGAGGGACGGCAAGAGGAUGGCUGAGGCGGUGGCCAAGGUGGAAGUGGGGGAGUUUGUGCCGAAGCAGGGUGUGAAGAUCGUGACAGACGAGAAGGCCACCAGCGCUGCCACAUCAGUGGGGGAUGAUGGCAAGGCGAUUGCAGAGCUGGUGGGGCGGCUCAAGGAGGGCAGCAAGGGGCUUUCCAAGGAGUUCCGCAUGGUGCCAGUGCAGUUUGAGAAGGACGACGACACCAACUACCACAUGGAUCUCAUGGCAGCCCUCGCCAACCUGCGUGCUCGCAACUACACAAUCGGCGAGGUGGACAAGCUCAAGGCCAGGUUCAUUGCCGGGAGGAUUAUCCCUGCUAUUGCCACCACGACGGCUCUUGCUACUGGCCUCGUGUGCCUUGAGCUCUACAAGGUGCUGCAGGGCGCCAAGGCCUCUGCCCUGCGCAACACAUUCGCCAACCUCGCCCUGCCGCUCUUCUCCAUGGCUGAGCCCGUGCCGCCCAAGACCGCGAAGCACAAGGAGCUGGCGUGGACCGUGUGGGACCGGUGGACGGUGGAGGGCGAUUUGACGAUGCAGGAGCUGCUUGACUGGUUCAAGGCCAAGGGGCUCGAUGCGUACAGCAUUUCCUGCGGCCAAGCCCUUCUCUACAAUUCCCUCUUCCCGCGUCACAAGGAGCGCCUACCACGCAAGGUGCUGGACAUUGCCAAGGAAGUCGCGAAGCUGGAGGUGCCGGCGUACCGGCGCCACUUUGACGUGGUGGUUGCAUGUGAGGAUGAGGAGGGCGAGGAUGUUGAUGUUCCUCUCAUCUCCAUUAAGUUCCGAUAG